AUGACGUUUACUAGAUUUUUUACAAGUUCGCUAAGAGUGCUUGGCAGGCGUUCUGUGUGGAAAAUUCGACGGAAAUUACUGGUGAAACUUGAGGCGACAAAUGAGCGUAUAAAAGAAGCGUUGAGGGGAAAUGAUGACUUGAAGACGACGAUUGGUGCGUCGGAUAUUGAAUGGGAAAGAGAGAAGAUUCGCAUUGCAAAGUCUCGUUGCUUGUUGGAUACCCACAUCUUUCCGCGAGGCAUCCAAGAUGAAAAAGAUGCGAAAAACUUUGCCACACGCCUAUUGCCCGGAGAAGGGAAACUGAUUUUUGACGCACUGCGCAAAAUAACUGUGGAUCAAUACGAAGAGCAUAAAAGACUUGGAAAUGCCGAGGUGCACUGGGAAGAUAUGCUCCGGAUCUGGUACAUCUACUUUAUUCCGACGACCCUCUUUGGCUUUAUUGACAACACAAUUUUGAUUUGUGUUGGUCAAGAAAUUGACUCGCAUUUUGGUGUAAUGCUUGGGAUCUCGAUUUUGGCAGCCGCUGGUGUUUCGAAUAUCUUCUCCAAUCUUGUCGGUAUCGGACUUCCACGAGUUAUCGAAGGAUGGGUGCAACAUGUUGGUUUGAUUCGACCAAUUUUAUCGACUGAACAGUGGAACAAUCGACAAGUGCGCUUCAUUGUCAACUUAGCAAAAGUUUGUGGAAUCUUGCUUGGGUGUACACUUGGGUUGUUUCCGCUUCUUUUCACAAAUUCAGUAGGCCGCUCGCAAAUCUUGGAAGGAUCGACAUUCGCUGAUCCGGAAGUGAGUGCCGAUGAUGAGAUCGAAGGAGUCGAUGCGGAAACGGUGAAAAAGCUAAGAGCGGCUGAGAAUUUUGAAAAGGCCGUUGGACACAUGCAAGUGCGAGUUCGUGGUCAAGGAGGUCUCUAUGCGAGUGCGCUUGAUGAUUAUGCGUUGGAAAGGGGCCCAAAUCUUCAUCCCGUCGACAAACGCAUG